AUGGUAUUCCCGGAACCAGAGCAAGAACAACCCAAACCCUCUCCAAAUAUCGUUGUGCAGUUUGUUGCAGAAAAUGACGGCCAAGCAAUUGCUCCUGCUGUCAACCUCCCCUCCAAUGUUGCUCGUGAUGCACUCGAGGCUCUGGUUAAUAAUAUAAGAAAAAAAGACGAUGACGACGAUGCCAUUCCGUUCUCAUUUUAUGUGACUCUCCCAGCCGAUGCAGCCACACCAUCAAAUGCACCAACCCGCAUCGUUAUCUCAAAAUCCAUCGAAUCCGAUGUCCUCAAUCAUCCUUCCCACGCUUUCACCCAAGAAGAUCUCCUAGUAGUCCACUGUUCUCCUCAGUCUGUAUUUAAAGUCCGCCCAGCAACUCGCUGCUCAUCCACGCUCUCUGGACAUACCUCACCCAUCCUUUGCGCAUCAUUCUCGCCCACCGGAACGCUGUUGGCAACGGGCUCAGGGGAUACGCAUGCAAGGCUGUGGGAUCUAAACACAGAGACCCCGUCGCACGUGCUCAAAGGGCAUACAGGUUGGGUGUUGUGCGUGGAAUGGGAGCCGAGAGAGCGAAAAUUGGCCACUGGGGGGCAUGACGGACAUGUUAGGUUAUGGGACCCAAAAACUGGAAAGGCAAUCGGCGACGUGAUGAAAGGACAUUCAAAAUGGAUCACCAGCCUUGCCUGGGAGCCCGCACACAUAAACUCAGCUUCUCCGCGUCUCGCAUCUUCUUCAAAGGAUGGCACUGUACGUGUCUGGUCUGUGGCGACCCGCCGUCUCGAGUACGCCCUUGGCGGGCAUACAGCCAGCGUAAACGUCGUGAAAUGGGGCGGAGGGGGAAAAGGUAGGCGAGGAAUACUCUACACCGCGUCAAGCGAUCGUACAGUCAGAGUAUGGGAUGCGAAUGGCGGUAAACAACUACAUGUUCUAAAAGAUCACGCUCAUUGGGUCACCACACUCACACUCAACACCGACUUCGUCUUGCGUACGGGCCCAUUCGAUCAUACUAAUAAGCGGCCGAGUGACGAUGCUGAAGCUCAAUCCCUUGCUCUCGCACGAUACGAAGCUCUUCUGGUUACAACGCCCGAGCUUCUCAUAACAGGCUCAGAUGAUCAUACACUCUUCCUUUGGUCGCUGUUUGGUUCAUCUAGCGGUGAUAAACCCCGCCCCCUGUCGAGGCUCACCGGCCACCAAAGGCAAAUCGCGCAUGUAGCAUUCUCUCCAGAUGGGCGGUGGGCUGCCUCUGCGGGUUGGGACGGAGCCAUCCGAUUAUGGGAUGCGUCCAUACGUCCCGGUGACGACCAAGGUGGAAGGAAUAGGUUUGUAGCGACUUUGCGAGGGCAUGUAGGUGCUGUGUAUCGCUUAGCCUGGAGUGCAGAUUCGCGGAUGGUAGUUAGUGCGAGUCGCGAUUCUAGUGUAAAGAUCUGGGACCUCAAAACUUACAAGCUUAAAGUUGACCUUCCCGGACAUACUGAUGAAGUGUACUGUGUCGACUUCGUUGCAGACAAGGUUGUGAGUGGGGGGCGUGAUCGGACGAUUAAAAUAUGGAAACAUUAGCAAAUAUCCCUUCUCAUAGAUCAAAGUAGUCCCUACUUAUCAAAAUUACCCCUGCCCAUCAAGAUGUAUCUAUUCCUUAUCUUCCUUUGUAAAGUUCUCCACACCGGUCGCAUCAGACUUAUUCCAGGUUAUGGGCUAUGCCUAUCAGAAAAUUCCUUGGUUUCAAGGACCAGUUAACACCCUGAGGCAUUCUCAUCGAAGACAACGCAUAUAAUGAGAAGCUCAAGACGAAUCGUGGGAAACACUCCGGAUCACAGGCGGCCUUUAUCGUUUUCUUAAUAAAGGACUGUGUACUAAUUUCCGAUACCGAAGGGCAACAUACAGUCCGUUGAAUAACAGCAGUUAUACCAAAGUCAAGCUGUAAUCAAGGUGAUUGAGCAAGUUCAGUCUAACAACCCACAUCAAGAGCUCAAGCAAGCUUUAAACCCGUGGGAAUAAUUAUGUAACGGAUACGUGUUACUUCACAUUUCCUUUUUCGUUUGUUUACCAUAAUUCUAACACUCUUUUAUUGCUCGUAGAACUACUGUCGCUCAUUAGUUUAUUUAGAUUUCCUUAGACUCCGACACCGAUUCAUGUAUAUAAGGGAAAGUUCAAACUCCAGGACCGCUGUUUCGAUGCAGACAGUCUGAUAACAAAUGCAUGGCAAUGUGAAAAUUAGUCAUAGCUCUAUCUGGUGACCUUGCAGUAAAUUAUUAACAAAC